AUACACACACCCUUAUAUAAAUCCACAUCCACAUUCUCAUAACACAAAAUCAGUAAACAACCAAAAAUUAAAACCAAUUCAUUAGUGAUAAUUUAUCACUAAUGGAAUCCUCUUAUAGUUAUGGCCUUGCCAUAAAAUUCUUAAUUUUCCUCCUUACCAUUCUCAACUCCAUCAAUCCCUCAUACCAAUCACUACCACAACUAAAUCCAAGACUCAUCAAAGCCUACACAGCACUCCAAGCAUGGAAACAAACAUUCACCUCUGACCCAAAAAACUUCACCUCAAAUUGGUAUGGCCCAAAUGUAUGCAACUACACAGGUAUCUACUGUGCACCAUCACCAGAUGAUCCCUACAUCUACACAGUUGCUGGUAUAGACAUAAACCAUGCAAAAAUAUCAGGUUCAUUACCAGAAGAACUUGGUCUUUUAACAGACUUAGCUCUUUUCCAUAUAAACUCAAACAGUUUCUAUGGUUCCAUCCCAAAUAGUUUCAGUUAUCUUCACCGUCUCCACGAACUCGAUAUCAGUAACAAUAAAUUCUCAGGAUCAUUUCCGGAACCGGUUCUCUGCAUUCCUUCGUUAAAAUUCUUAGACAUAAGAUUCAACAAUUUUCAAGGAAAUGUUCCUGAAAAGCUUUUUGACCUUAAACUUGAUGCUCUUUUUAUUAACAAUAAUAAAUUCCAAUUUUCUUUGCCCGAAAAUUUUGGAAACAUGCCGGCUUCUGUCAUUGUCUUCGCGAACAAUGAUAUGAAAGGUUGUAUUCCAUCGAGCGUAGUAAAUAUGAAGGAUACGAUUAACGAGAUUAUAAUGACGAAUAGUGGAAUGAAAGGCUGUUUACCCGACGAAAUCGGGAAGUUGGAUAAGGUGACAGUGUUUGAUGUUAGUUUUAAUGAGUUUGUUGGUGAAUUGCCUGACUCUAUUGGUAAAAUGAAGAGUUUGGAAGAGUUGAAUGUGGCGCAUAAUCGAUUUUCGGGUGUGGUUCCGGAGAGUAUAUGUAGGUUGCCAAGGUUGGAGAAUUUUACUUAUUCUUAUAAUUUCUUUAGUGGUGAAUCUGAAAGUUGUGUUAAGUUGGGUAAUCAUAAGGAUGAUAAGAAGAAUUGUAUUCCUUAUAGGCCUUUGCAAAGGUCUAGUUAUGAAUGUCAAGUUUUUUAUGAACAUCCUGUUCAUUGUACUGGUGUUGGUUGUUCAUUUACAACUCUGUCACCUCCUCCGCCUCCACCACCGCCGCCUCCACCACCGCCACCUCCUCCCCCACCUCCUCCACCACCUCCACCGCCACCACCUCCCCCUCCUCCUCCACCUCCACCACCUCCUCCCCCACCUCCACCACCACCACCACCUCCCCCACCGCCACCACCAUCACCUCCUCCGGUAGCUUACUACCACUAUCUUUGAUGAGACAAGACAUUGCAAUAUUAUUCUUUUCUCUUUCAAAGUCGUGUGCUAUUUUGUUAGAAAUCGAGUAUAUCAAAGUGUUAAAUGUAGUAAUUAAACAAUGAGGCUCACCUAUCUAUUGAAUUAGUCUUUUAGAUUAAACCCUUCUCAUGUACUUAAAUCCUAUCAAUUGACGUCUUCUUUGAAAACUGAGUAACAGAAAGAGUUGCCUAUAAGCAAAAUUAAAGCUCUCAUCAUGUGCUCAACUCUUAACAUAUUUGUUGGAGAUACACAUAGUGUUUGUUUACUUGGUCACAUAAGUUUUUUUCAUGUACAAAAAAAUUAUAAAAACAUAGUAGCUAGGAAUUUAGCUAUUUAUAUUUGAAUUCAACCGUUUGAGUUGAAGGUUGGUGAGGGAGCUUUGUUUUGAUUUUGAAAACAUGUUAUAUAUGAAUGUCAUUGCACA